CACAGUUUGUGCAUACGAUUUGCAGUUAACAUGCCACCUAAAGCAGCAAAGAAGACUAGAAGUAAGACUAAGGCAGAUUCGCCGGUUAAGUCUAAGGCUAAGACUUUGGCAGCUUCGCCGGUUAAGACGAAGACCAAGACCAAGGUAGCUUCGCCGGUUAAGAGGCGGCCUGGAAGGCAACCCAAAAAUGACAACCAGAGUUUAGUCGACAACGAAGAUGGUUUUCCCGUGCUGUCGUCAUUUGAAGGAUUUGAAUCUGAGGACCUUGGUGAGAGUGGCUAUAGCAAUGGGGCCACAAGCCUGGUAGAUGCUAGCUCUGUUGUUGUUGAAUGUGCCCCGGCUACCUCUGUUCCAACAACUCAGCAGGAACAGCAACCCAAUUUGGUGGAGCUACUGCGUGUGGAGAAAGCAAAAAAUGCAGCACUACAAGUCAAGUGUUCUAGCAUUGCGAAAGACUUUCAUGACUUCAAGGAAUCCACUUUGGCACGUACUCAACAUUUGGAAGCUGAGAUGAGUAAGUUGGUACGGCAGAAACCCAAACAGACCAGGGAAGAAAGAGGGUCACCCUCAUCCGAUGAAGAAAGUGCUUCAGGCCAGGAGACUGUGCCACUACCACCUACCAGAAUUAGAUAUUCCAGCCAGUCUUCUCGCAGCAAAAGUUCCAAAAGUGAUUCGGACAAUGAAGAGUCUUCCCUGAGUGAGGCUGAUUAUGUGGCCCCAGUAGACAAGUCUGAAUGCCAUUUCAACCCUGAAUGGGAUUUCAUUGCUGAAUGUGAGCAGAAAGCCAAAGAUGAGGUAACGAGGCUCAUGGGUAGCACAGAAGCGUGGAAAAAGAAAAAUCCCGGUCGCCGCCUCCCCCCUACUUUUAUCAAGCAAAAUCAGGUGUACACUAUGAGUUCAUUCAUCUCGGAGGUGAUGACCAACGGAUUUGAGGCGAGUUAUCUGAAGGGUAAGAAGUUAACCAACCAGAUAGCCAAGCAAGGGCGUAACUUGAAGACAGCAAUGGAGCCUCAUGACGUGCAGCAAGUCACAGACAUUGUUUAUCGGGCGUGGAAGCGGCUCCCUCUCCUACCAAGAAAGAAAGAUAGCCAGAAAGAGGUGCGUCGAUGCAUCCGCAGCACCCUCACGACGUUCCUGUCUAAUAAACGUGUCGGAAAUUUGGCUAAGUAGCUU